AUGCAGGAGCAGCUCAAGCAGAUGACGCGGCGGAACCAGGUGGUCAUGGAGCGCAGCCGCCGCACCGCCUACAGCGGCAACGUGCGGAGCAGCAAGCCAUUGACGGUUCCCGAAAGCCCGGCGAUGAAGACCGUGGGGAGGCUUGGAGGGAAGGUCUACGCAGCCGUUGGUCCGAAGGAUCAGGUCGGCUUUUCACCCACGCAUCCGGCGAAGAACGACCCGCUCUCUAAGGAUAACUUGGCACAGCUUGCUGCCCAGCCCAAGGGCCCCACCGUUCCGGCCCCCUUCCAGCUCAGCAAGAGCAACCGGCCCAGCAGCCGCGACGGAGGUUCGGCGCCAGGAACGCCUCGCUCUAAGGAGGACACCCUAACCUUCCGCGAGUCUCUCGCUCGCAUCGAGAACAAGACGCCGGACCGUUUCCGCACCAGGCCCGUGGGCGAACAGCCCAGGCUACAGCCAAUCGCUCGCGUAGAGGCGAAGCCCACGCUUCCCAAGUCGCCCAAGUUCAGGACAGAGGCGAGAGCGGCGGGUUACUCGAAGGGACACUUUCCGUCUAGAGAGGAACGGGAGGAAGCCGAGCUGGCGGAGAUGAAAAAGCACCAAUUUAAGGCCCUUCCGUACAACGCGGACGGCUUCGGGGUUGGAGGGGAACAAGGCGUUUUCCGUCCCCAGCACAGCGACAAGCAGCUCACACAGCCUACGCCGUUCCAUCUCAGCAGCGAUGACCGUGCCUCGAGGAGGGCUCCGAGCCCUCACCGCAGCCGUGACGAGGAAGAGCUGUCGAAGAAGUUCAAAGCCAGGCCCAUGCCCGGUGGACGUAGCUCUAGCGUCGGAAGAGUGCGCCCCGGCGCAAACGUUGGCGCGGAGCUGAAGCCCAGGGAGCUCACCCUGGCGUCGUCGCCCACCUUGGCCACCAAGAGAAGGUCGGCUCUGAGGUCCAACAGCGUCGGGGGCGGGGGUACGGGGGGAAUCAUGCUUACCUCGGAGGAGCUGGAGCUGGAGAAAGCGGCGGCGAACAAGUUCAGGGCUCGCCCCAUGCCGGACUACUCCAGGCUAUCCCAGUCCCGCCGACAGUCCGCGGCCGCUCCGGAAGUGCCGCCCGCGCCCACGGAGCCCCGUCCGUUCAACCUCCGCUCUGAUACGAGGGGCAAGGCCAAGCAGGCGCUGUUGGCGAAGAGGAUGCUGGACCAGCGCCGACAGGAAGACGCGGCUGCCCGCGUGAGAGCCCGGCCGCUCCCGGCUCCCUCGAACGGCUUCUGUCCUCAGCCCAGCGACCGCGCCCUCACGGAGACGUCGGAGUUCUGCCUGUCCAGCCAAGCCCGCCACGAAAAAGCCGCUCAGGAGUUCCAAGACCGCGUCAGAAAGGAGGAGGAGAGGGCCCGUCGUGCCACGGAGGUGAUCGCACUCCCCCUGCCGGCGGCUACUUUCGAGCCCGAGUUGUACCCCGAGAGAACGGAGGUCUCCCUCACGCAGCCCAUUGAGAGGGUGUUGCACUCUAGCGCACGCGCAGAGGGUCGUGCCAAGUGGGACGAGGAGAGCCAGGCUAGGCAAGCUCACGAGGAGCGCGUCAAGAGGGAGCAAGAAGAGGCCGCCGCCGCCGCUGAGAGGAGGUCUAUCUCCGAGCUCAGGCGCCGCUCGCAUGCCGACGGUGGCAUGUCUUUCAAGGCGAAGCCGAUCAAGUGGAACAGCGCACCCCCCGAGGUCGCUCAGCUUUCCACCGCACCUCUCACCACCCCCGUCACGCCUAACCUGCGGACAAAGCGCCGCGCCAUGAACAACGCUGCCGAGCCUCGCGAGCCGGCACCAGCUCCCAUCGCAUGA